GAACGUUUCAGUACUGACUUGACACCUCUCACCCCUCACCUGAAAGAUUUGAAUUUCUGGACACAACAGAACACCAUCAUCACCUACUACCACGACAAAAAACACAAUUUCAAUUUCAAAUUUAUCUUAUUUUAUUUCAUUUUUUCAGAGGAAUAUAACAUCACACAAAUUUAUAUGAAACCAUUUUCUUUCUUUUUUGAAUUGAACAACCACUCAGCAGAAAAAAAGAAGAAAACAGUACAACAACGACAUCGACAACAGCAAUUUUCACAAAUUGUUCCUGAUUUUCGUUAUCCCUUGUCCUUCCCUCUUUCUCUCUCUCUGUCUUAAAAGCUUUGUUUCUCUCACAAACACAACACAAUACCUUAACCUCCUCUUUUUUCUUCUACUUCUUGUCACUGUUCAAACCUCGUAACUAACGUUUCAGUUAUUGAAACCCAUGUUUCACCUCUUCGAUUUGUCAAGUGCCAUUGAUUGAUUCAUGCAACGAGUUUGUGGCGGGUUAACCAAUAAGGCAGUGUUUGGGGCCUGAAAUCUCAAAAGGGCGUCUUCAAUUUCGCGGCUUUAGGCAAUGCAGCGGCGAAACUCGAAGUGGGGGUGGUGAAUUUUCAAUUGGGUCGCCAAUUUUGGGGCAUAGUUGAAAAAUUUCGGCGGUUUUCAUUGGUGGGGUGUGACUUAUUAUGGUGUUAUCGGCUUCGCCAUGUUCCUUGGCGAGAAGCUCGCUAGAGGAGAUGCUCGAUUCCCUUCGCCGGAGGGACGAGGAGGAGGAGAAGAAGGACUCGCCACCGGCGUUGCCCGCGAGGCCGGCCUCGCGGGCACGGCUUCCUCCGGCACGGCGGUCGCUGCCGAACAACUUCAGGGUUGGCGGCAGCCAGCGCGUCAUCGCGCCCGAAAAUGGAGUCGGUACUAAUGGGGAGAGUGACUUGAAGGAGAAUGACUUGGGGCAGAAAAGGAGAAGAAAUUGUUUUGAGAGAAAGAGGAUGAACAAGGAUGUGGAGUCUCCUUAUGUGGCACUCUCUUCCAGUGAUUCAUCAGGGAUGGUUUGGGAAUUGGAUGAUGAUGAUAACAUUUCUUAUUUCAUCAAAAAGAAGCUUCGUGUUUGGUGUAGGCAACCAAGAGGGCAGUGGGAACUAGGAACAAUACAGUCAACUUCAGGAGAGGAAGCAUCCAUUUCACUCUCAAAUGGAAAUGUUAUUAAAGUGGUCAGAUCAGAGAUUCUACCAGCGAAUCCUGGUGUUUUAGAGGGUGUGGAUGAUCUUAUUAAACUUGGUUAUUUGAACGAGCCAUCGGUUCUUCACAAUCUGAAGUUGAGAUAUUCUCAAGGAAUGAUUUAUAAUAAAGCAGGGCCAAUUUUAAUUGCCCUCAAUCCUUUCAAAGAUCUUCAGACAAAUGGAAAUGAUUAUGUCUCAGCUUAUAGGCAGAGAAUUAUUGAUAGUCUUCAUGUUUAUGCUGUGGCAGAUGUGGCUUAUAACAAGAUGAUAAGAGAUGAAGUAAAUCAGUCCAUUAUCAUAAGUGGUGAGAGUGGAUCUGGGAAGACAGAAACAGCUAAAAUUGCAUUGCAACACUUAGCUGCUCUUGGUGGUGGUGGCAGUUGUGCUAUAGAAAAUGAAUUUCUUCAGAUAAAUCGUAUACUAGAAGCUUUUGGGAAUGCAAAAACAUCUAGGAAUAACAACUCUAGCAGAUUUGGAAAGUUGAUUGAAGUUCAUUUCAGCUCCAUGGGUAAAAUAUGUGGGGCUAAAAUUAAAACCUUAUUGUUGGAAAAGUCUAGAGUUGUUCAACUGGCCAAUGGUGAGAGAUCAUAUCACAUAUUUUAUCAACUUUGUGCUGGAUCUUCUUCUGAUCUUAAAGAGAGACUGAAUCUUAGAGCAGUCAGUGAAUAUAAAUAUCUAGUUCAGAGUGACUGCACAUCAAUUGAUGAUGCCGAUGAUGCUAAAAACUUUCCUCAGCUGAAGAAAGCCCUGGAUACUGUUCAAAUUUGUAAAGAGGAUCAAGAGAUGAUCUUUAAGAUGCUCGCUGCAAUACUAUGGCUGGGAAAUAUAUCAUUCCAAGUAGACAGUGAAAAUCACAUUGAGGUUGUUGAUGAUGAAGCUGUAACCAGUACUGCCCAGCUGAUGGGUUGCAGUUCCCAGGAAUUAAUGACAGCAUUAUGUAGCCAUAAAAUUCAAUCUGACGAGGAUACUAUUGCCAAAAAUCUGACAUUGAGGCAGGCAAUCGAAAGAAGAGAUGCAAUUGCAAAAUUCAUCUAUGCAAGCUUGUUUGACUGGCUUGUAGAACAAGUUAACAAGUCACUUGAAGUGGGUAAACAAUAUACUGGGAAAUCCAUAAGUAUCCUAGAUAUUUAUGGGUUUCAGACUUUCCAGAAAAACAGCUUUGAACAGUUUUAUAUAAAUUAUGCCAAUGAGAGGAUUCAACAACAUUUUAAUCGGCAUCUGUUUAAACUUGAGCAGGAGGAUUAUGAAUUGGAUGGCGUUGAUUGGACUAAGGUAGAUUUUGAGGAUAAUGAAGUGUGCUUGGAUCUAUUUGAGAAGAAACCUCACGGUCUACUCUCUUUAUUGGAUGAGGAGUCAAAUUUAGCCAAGGCUUCUGAUUUAACAUUUGCCAACAAACUUAAGCACCACCUGAAUGCUAAUCCUUGCUUCAAAGGAGAAAAAGGCAGAGCUUUCCGUGUUCGUCACUAUGCAGGGGAGGUUCUGUAUGAUACAAAUGGCUUUCUAGAAAAGAACAGAGACAUGUUGUCUUCUGAUUCCAUUCAAUUCCUGUCAUCAUGUAAUUGUGAACUGCUGCAGUUGUUCUCCAAAAUGUUUAACCAGUCUCAAAUGCAGAGUGUUGCAACAAAGUUCAAGGUUCAAUUGUUCAUGUUGAUGCAUCAGUUGGAGAGUACCACACCUCACUUUAUUCGCUGUAUAAAGCCAAAUACUAAGCAGCUUCCUGGCAUUUUUGAUGAAGUCCUUGUCCUACAACAGCUCAGAUGUUGUGAAGUUCUAGAAGUUGUUAGAGUUUCAAGGGCUGGAUAUCCUACUCGAAUGGCCCAUCAAGAGUUUUCCAGAAGGUAUGGGUUUCUGCUUUCUGAGGCCAAUGUAUUGCAGGAUCCAUUGAGCAUCUCGGUUGCUGUUUUGCAAAAAUUUAAUAUCCCUUCUGAAAUGUACCAUGUUGGCUACACCAAAUUGUAUCUUCGAGCAGGGCAGAUUGAUUCACUGGAGAAUAAGAGAAAGCAGGUUUUACAGGGAAUACUUGGGAUUCAAAAAUGCUUCCGUGGUCAUCGAGCUCGUGUUUAUUUCUGUGAACUUAAGAAUGGAGUGACAACAUUGCAAUCAUUUAUUCGUGGAGAAAAUACAAGAAGGAAAUAUGGUGUUACAGUGAAGUCUUCAGUAACAAUUUAUUCUAGAAUACUGGAGGAGAUCCAUGCAAUCAUACUAUUACAAUCUGUAAUUCGUGGUUGGCUGGUUAGAAGGGGGGAUGCUAGUCACAUAAAUAGGUCAAAGAGAUAUCCUGAAAAUGCUAAACCUAGGUGGAAGUCCUUUAUGAAGAUAAUACCGGAAGUAAAGCCGGACUUGUCCAAAGAGCCGGUUCAGAAUCUGCUUUCAGCUUUAGCAGAUCUCCAAAGGCGAGUUGACAAGGCUGAUGCAAUUGUGAAGCAAAAGGAAGACGAAAAUACCGAAUUGAGGGAACAGCUAAAACAAUCUGAGAGGAAGAGGAUCGAAUAUGAGACAAAAAUGAAAUCAAUGGAGGAGGCUUGGCAAAAGCAGAUGGCAUCUUUGCAAAUGAGUCUUGUUGCUGCUAGAAAGAGCCUUGCUCCCGAGAAUGCUUCAGUUCAGCCUGUAAGACGUGAUUUUGUGCUACCUCGUGGUUAUGAUUCUGAAGAUGCUACAUCCAUGGGAUCUCGAACACCUGGUGGGAGCACACCAAUGCUUUCUGGUAGUCUAUCUGCCUCUGAUGCAGGGAGACAGGUCAAUGGUACAUUGACCACAGUUGGCAAUCUGAUGAAGGAAUUCGAGCAGGAAAGACAGAACUUUGAUGAUGAAGUGAAAGCUUUGAACGAUGUUAAACCGGAGCAGUCUGCCAAUACAAAUUCCUUUGAAGAGCUUCGGAAACUGAAACAGAGAUUUGAGGGAUGGAAGAAUCAAUACAAGGUUAGAUUACGAGAGACUAAAACAAGGCUUUAUAAAUCAGAAACGGAAAAAAGUCGGCGAACAUGGUGGGGGAAGUUAAGCUCAAAAGCAUAAUGAUAUUCAGUUUUCAAACUCAUUUGCUGAGAAUAGAAAUGCUGGAGAAUCCGCAAAAUUGGCAAAAUGAUUGUUGUCAUGAACUUUGUCCUUUUUGAGCUGUUGCUUCUAUAUCUUGCUGGAACACUUAAACAAAGUGUUACCAAUUUACUCAUUGGUGAAGGGAAAGAAGUUGUAUAUCUACCAAUUUUGUUACAUGGUGGAAGUGUCAUAGGUUGUGCAUAGUGGUAGACUUGUAAGAUCGCAUAGUUGUAUUGAUUAGUCUAUAGUUUGCUUUUGUAUAUUUUUUUCACUUUCUUUUUUGGGGUGAAAACCAGUAAUGACUCAUGUAUAUUCUAUUGUUGCUGAUGUGAUCUAAAACUCAGCCUGAAGAUAUUAAUAGUAAGUUUUAGUAUCUUCAAUAUCAAGGGAAUUUUUUUUUCUUGCUUU